AUGUCAGUCCCAAAACUUAUCACCAGGUCAACCGCCCGCGCGGCAUCCACAUCAACAUCCGCCCAACUUACCAAGGCAGCGGGUGAUAUCUCCAGUGUCUUUCCCAGCUUGAGGCCGGACUAUAAACCGGAGCCGUUGCCACCGCGGUUUAAAGAUCUAAAGGAGCGAAUAUUUCGCAGAAACGGGGAUGCUUUGAAGAAGAGCUGGGAAAGGCUUUUGCCCAGUCUGGAAGAGGAGGUGGACAAGAUUAAGGCGAAAAAGAGCGGAAUCAUCCCUAUCGUGGAUUACUCUGACGUUGUUUCCGGUGAUGUGUCUCCGGCGCUCCUGGCGGAGAUCCGUCAUCGCGGAUCUGUCGUUAUCAGAAAUGUGGUGCCGCGGAAAGAAGCACGGGCUUGGAAGGAGAGAAUAGAGGAUUACGUCGCAGCCAAUCAGGAUAAAGUCAAGGCAUUUCCCCCAGACUCACCGGCGGUGUUUGAGCUGUAUUGGACGCCGUCGCAAGCAGAAGCUCGAGCCCACUCCAACGUGCUAGAUACACAGCGUUUCCUGCAGCGCCUAUGGCAUUCGACAGACCCCAACACACGAAUCUCGACGCGGUACCCUCUUUCAUACGCUGACAGAUUGCGUAUCCGACAGCCCGGCGACAGCAAGUUCACUCUAGGACCUCACAUUGAUGGAGGCUCAUUGGAGCGUUGGGAGGACCCCGAGUACUCCAGGGUAUACGCCAAAAUCCUGGAAGGCAAGUGGGAAGAAUACGACCCAUGGGACGCAAAGCACCGUAUCGCCGCAAAUAUGGAUUUGUACAACGGUGCGGGCGCCUGCUCUAUGCUGAGAUUUUUCCAGGGCUGGCUGUCCAUGUCCAAGACAGCCCCAGGCGAAGGCUCGCUACAUGUCUGCCCCAUGCUUGUGCACAGUACUGCGUACACUAUGCUCAGACCAUUCUUUGACAGUCAGACACUACAGCCAGCGAUGGACGCUACCUUCCCGGGGUCGGUGCCUGGUGCGUGCCAGGAGUACAACCCUAUUACACAUCCGCAUCUCGAGCUGGAGACAACGAUGGUGUCCGUCCCUGAGGUAGAACCUGGUGACUAUGUUGCCUGGCAUUGUGAUUCUCUGCACUCAGUCGACAAGGAGCAUCGGGGUAAGGGUGACUCGAGCGUUCUCUAUAUCCCAGCAACCCCAAUGUGCGAUAUGAACGUCGAUUACCUGCUCAAGCAGCGAAAAGCGGCGCUCGCUUACUCCCCGCCAUGGGACUUCCCAGGGGCCGGCGGGCCAGGCGAACUUGGAUUCAAGGGAGCGUUGGACUGGAAUUCGAUUAGUGCUGAGGGACAGCGAGCCAUGGGCUUGGGACAGCAGCGGUGGGAUAUCACCGACGACAUGACUGAAGGAGAGAGACAGGCUGUUGAGAGGGCAAAUAAGGCGUGCUUCGCUUAA